GGCACCUUUCAUAGCCAGCAGGCAUUGGAUUAUGGCACCCAGCUGGUUGGAGGAACCACUCCAGGGAAAGGAGGCCAGACGCAUCUGGGCUUACCAGUCUUUAAUACUGUGAAGGAGGCCAGAGAAGAGACAGGAGCGACAGCUUCUGUCAUUUAUGUUCCUCCUCCUUUCGCUGCUGCUGCCAUCAAUGAAGCCGUCGAGGCGGAAGUGCCCUUGGUUGUGUGCAUUACUGAAGGUAUCCCACAGCAGGACAUGGUACGGGUCAAGCACAAACUGCUGCGCCAGGGAAAGACGAGGCUGAUCGGGCCUAACUGCCCUGGAAUCAUCAAUCCUGGAGAAUGCAAAAUCGGCAUUAUGCCUGGCCAUAUUCACAAGAAAGGAAGAAUUGGUAUUGUGUCCAGAUCUGGCACCCUGACUUACGAAGCGGUUCAUCAAACGACACAAGUUGGAUUGGGGCAGUCUUUGUGCGUUGGUGAGGGAUUUUUGAUUGAAUCAUUUUAUUAUAAUGCAGUAUCUUCAUUGAAUGAGUACAGUAAUAAUUAUUGUUUUGGUUAUUUACAAGAGGUUUUGAUAAUCAUUUUAUUAAAAAAAGAUGUUAUGAUCUUAAUUAGUUUGAGUGUGAAGCACCACCAUAUAUUUUGAAGAUUCAUGGUCCAA